AUGAUGAUUAUUUUUUAGCAUGUGAGUUUAGAGUAAAAAUAUCUUAUUAUUACAUAUGAGCAUCACAAAAUGUACUUAUUUAUCUCCAAAAAAGUUCAUAUUACAAGUAUAAAGCAGUUUUUUAAUUUUUCGAAAAGAUAUCUUUCAAUACAACAAACUGCAGUUCAAGCAUAUAAAAAUUUAUUUAAUUCAAAAUAUUUAUUUUAUACCAAUACUGCUAUCUAUAUAUUUCUUUGUUGCACUGGAGAUUGCAUUCAACAACAACUUGAAAAAUAUUUACAUAACAAAAACGCUCCUUAUAAUUUCAAGAGAACAGGUUGCAUGUUGUUGUAUGCCAUUUUUGCUGCUCCUAUCAACCAUUUUUGGUAUAUUGGUCUUGACAAGCUUAUUGUUAAAGGCUCUAUACAUGCUAUUGUCGGAAAAAAGUUAUUAGCAGAUCAGUUAGUAUUUGCUCCAUUUAUUAUUGGAUAUUUUUUUUUAAUGAUGGGAUACCUUGAGAAUCAAACAAUGAAAGAGACUCAAGAAGAAAUUAAGGAAAAGGCUCUAACUGUUUAUUUGGCUGAUUGUUGUGUCUGGCCUCCAAUUCAGACCAUUAACUUCUAUUUAAUCCCCAGUCACAUGAGGUUGUUAUAUAUAAACGUGUCUACUUUAUGUUGGAAUAUCUUCUUAUCAUAUUCCAAGCACAAGGAAAGAAAACUUAAAGAAAGCAUACCCCAAUGAAUAAUGACUUUGUAAUUGGUUAUAAUCAUCAAUUAUGUAAUUAGCUACUAUGGAAACGUGCUAUGGCUUUUUAAAGUUUAACAUAAUGUUAUGCAUUUGUUAUGUCA